UCCGAGCCGCUCCCCGCGGCUGGCCCGUCCGGGGAGGAGGCGCCGAGCUCCGCGCCGGCUGCCCUCCCCUCGUCCCCGGUCCCGCCGGGAGCGGGGCUGCCCGGCCGCGGGAAGGGGGGAGGCAGCGCGGUCAGGAGGCGGGAGCCGCCGGAGUUUGCCCGCCCGUUCGCGAUGGGGCGCGGCCCCGCCUGAGCACCUGCCGGCACCCCCGGCUGCCCGCGAUGGAGAGCCCCGCGGGCGGCAGCGCGGCGGCGGCGGAGCCUGCGCGCCCCGGCGCGGAGCCGGAGCUGCCGGCGGAGGCGGCGGCGGGAGGCGGGGAGGCAGCGGAGGUCUGCGGGGCAGCCCCGCGGCCGCGCUGCCUGCGGGCCGUCUACGUGCUGAACGAGCCGCCCGAGGCGGGCGCCGGGGCGCGGAGCCCGGAGGCCGGGGCGCGGCAGUGCCUGCAGCGGGCCUGCGAGGCCGAGGGGGCCCAGCUCGGCACCGUCCACUUCGGGGAGCUGGACUUCGGGGAGACGGCGGUGCUGGACGCCUUCUACGACGCGGAUGUUGCAGUUGUGGACAUGAGUGAUAUUUCCAAGCAGCCAUCACUGUUUUACCACCUUGGUGUGCGUGAAAGCUUUGACAUGGCUAACAAUGUUAUACUCUACCAUGACACUGAUGCUGACACUGCUCAGUCUCUCAAGGAUAUGGUAUCUCAGAAAAACACAGUUGCCAACUGCAAAGCUUUUCUUCCGGUUCAAGUACCUCCCGAAUACCGCAGUGCUAAUCUGAUAGGCAAAGCUUCCAGUGGCAAUUAUUAUUUUAUUCCAUAUAUCGUCACACCUUGUGCUGACUGCUUUUGCUGUGAAAGUGAUGCCCAGCGAAGAGCUUCUGAGUAUAUGCAACCCAGCUGGGAUAAUAUCCUGGGGCCACUUUGUGUCCCACUAGUGGACAAGUUUAUCAGCCUUCUCAAGGAUGUUCAUGUUACAUCAUGUGCCUAUUACAAAGAAACAUUGCUAAAUGAUAUUAGAAAAGCAAGAGAGAAGUAUCAAGGAGAUGAACUGGCUAAGGAGCUGGCCAGGAUUAAGCUUCGGAUAGAUAAUACUGAAGUGCUGACUUCUGACAUUGUCAUAAACCUGCUUCUUUCCUACAGAGAUAUUCAGGACUAUGAUGCUAUGGUGAAGCUGGUAGAAACACUAGAAAUGCUUCCUACCUGUGAUCUGGCUGAUCAACACAACAUUAAAUUUCAUUAUGCUUUUGCAUUAAAUCGAAGAAAUAAUGCAGGUGACAGAGAGAAGGCACUACAAGUUAUGCUUCAAGUCCUACAAACUUGUGAUCACCCUGCUCCAGAUAUGUUUUGCUUAUGUGGGAGGAUCUACAAAGAUAUGUUUCUUGAUUCUGACUGUAAAGACACCAAUAGCAGAGAUCAUGCCAUUGAAUGGUAUCGCAAAGGGUUUGAACUCCAGUCAACUCUGUAUUCUGGAAUUAACCUUGCAGUUUUGCUGCUUGUUGCAGGACAACAAUUUGAAAGCUCAAUGGAACUAAGGAAAAUAGGUGUACGGUUAAACAGUUUAUUGGGAAGAAAAGGAAGCCUAGAAAAAAUGAACAGUUACUGGGAUGUGGGACAGUUCUUCAGCGUGAGCAUGCUGGCUAAUGAUGUUGGUAAAGCAGUACAAGCAGCAGAGAAACUUUUUAAGCUGAAACCUCCAGUAUGGUACCUGAAAUCAUUAGUUCAGAAUCUGAUGUUAAUUCAGCGCUUCAAGAAACUCACCAUAGAACAUUCUCCUAGACAAGAAAGAUUGACUUUCUGGCUAGAUAUAAUUUUUGAGGCAACAAAAGAGAAAACUAAUGGACUGCGGUUUCCAGUUUUGGUGAUAGAACCAACUAAAGUCUACCAGCCUGCUUAUGUUUCAAUCAACAAUGAAGCAGAUGAGAGAUCUCUCUCUUUGUGGCAUGUGUCUCCUGCUGAAACGGUAAAGCUACCUGAAGAUGUGUUUAAGAAACAGAUUCAUGAAUGGAAUUUUACAGCUUCUUCCAUUAGGGGAAUAAGUAUUUCCAAAUUUGAUGAACGAUGUUGUUUUCUUUAUGUCCAUGACAACUCUGAUGACUUUCAGAUCUACUUUUCUACAGAAAACCAAUGCAGUAGAUUCUGUGGGUUGGUGAAAGAAAUUUUGUCUGAUGCAGUUGGCAAUACUUUGGAAUUAGAAGGAGAAAUAGAUGGAGACACACUGGAGUAUGAAUAUGAUUAUGAUGAGAAUGGUGACAGGGUAGUUCUAGGGAAAGGUACUUACGGAAUAGUUUAUGCUGGAAGAGACCUUAGUAAUCAGGUCCGAAUAGCCAUCAAAGAAAUACCUGAAAGAGACAGCAGGUAUUCUCAACCUCUUCAUGAAGAGAUAGCUCUGCACAAAUAUUUAAAGCAUCGGAACAUUGUCCAGUAUCUUGGAUCUGUUUCAGAAGAUGGAUACAUUAAGAUUUUUAUGGAACAGGUGCCAGGAGGCAGCCUCUCAGCUCUCCUAAGAUCUAAGUGGGGCCCAAUGAAAGAACCUACAAUUAAAUUUUACACCAAGCAGAUUCUGGAAGGCCUGAAGUAUCUCCACGAGAACCAGAUUGUACACAGAGAUAUAAAGGGGGAUAAUGUUUUGGUGAACACCUACAGUGGUGUGGUAAAGAUAUCUGAUUUUGGUACAUCCAAACGACUGGCAGGAAUCAAUCCAAGCACUGAAACAUUUACAGGAACCUUGCAGUAUAUGGCUCCAGAAAUAAUUGAUAAAGGACCACGAGGUUAUGGGGCACCAGCUGACAUCUGGUCACUAGGUUGUACCAUUAUUGAAAUGGCAACAGGCAAACCCCCAUUUCAUGAACUAGGGGAGCCCCAAGCAGCAAUGUUUAAAGUUGGGAUGUUCAAGAUACAUCCUGAAAUUCCAGAAACACUUUCUGCUGAAACAAGGGCCUUUAUUUUGCUCUGUUUUGAACCUGAUCCUAGUAAACGUGUUACAGCAUCUCAUUUGCUCAGAGAUUCCUUCCUGAAACAAGUAAACAAGGGCAAGAAAAGCAGAAUUGCAUUCAAGCCUUCAGAUUAUACUCGUAAUGCAUCCCUCCCACUGCCAAUCCAUGGAGAACAGGCUGGCAGUAGCAGCAGUGAGCAUGGCUCCAUUUCACCAGACUCUGAUGUACAGCAUGACAUGUUUUUUGAAAGGCCAAAGAGAUCCGUUUCAGAAAUUCAGACAAAGCAUCCCAUUUCCCAUUUACUGAGCGUGCCUGAUGAGGGCUCGGCCUCAGAGGACAGGAACACCUUUCCUUCCAUUGAGGAUAAGGAUUCUGGUCUGUUUCUGCUGCGGAAGGACAGCGAACGCCGAGCAAUCCUGUACAAAAUCCUUAAGGAAGAGCAGGAUAAAGUUGCUUCCAAUUUGCAGGAUUGUAUUGCACAGAGCUCUGAAGAACUGCAACUUUCAGUAGCCCACAUCAAGCAAAUUAUUGGGAUUUUAAGGGACUUCAUACACUCUCCAGAGCAGAGAGUGAUGGCAUCUACCAUAUCCAAGCUGAAAAUGGAUUUGGACUUUGACAGCACUUCCAUCAAUCAGAUUCACCUGGUGCUGUUUGGAUUUCAGGAUGCGGUAAACAAAGUAUUAAGAAAUCACUUAAUAAGGCCCCACUGGAUGUUUGCAAUGGAUAACAUAAUUCGCCGUGCUGUCCAAGCAGCAGUCACUAUUCUUAUUCCAGAGCUUCGAGCUCACUUUGAGCCAGCAUUAGAAAUUGAAGGUGGGGACAAAGACAGCAAUGAAGUGGAGGAUGGUCACCAGCCCACUGAACAAAAUGGGGCUGAGGAUCCCACCAUCACAUCAGGAGUUGGCACCCUUAGUUCUGAGUUGUCACAUGAGACUCAACAGCAACUGAGCCUGGAGUUGGGCAGACUUAAACAAGAGACCUCAAGGCUUUUGGAAAACCUUGUUCAGAAAGAGAAAGAGUAUCAGACGCUGUUACGACAAUCUUUGGAGCAAAGAACUCAGGAAUUACGCUUGUUUCGAUUAAAACUUAAACCUGAAGACACCCAAUGGUCUGCAGCAACCUUUAAAGCAAAUGCAGACCCUGAGCUCAUGAAUUGGCUGAAGCAACAAGGAGCAGACUCAGACGCCAUUAAGAGGUUUGCUGAAGAAGAUUAUACACUAAGCACUGUCCUUAAUGAUAUCACUAAAGAUGAUUUGCGGUGUCUUCAACUGCGGGGUGGUCUUCUCUGCAGAAUUUGGAAUGCAAUAUUAAAUCACCGCCAAACAUCUGGUAAGACCUCAGUGCAGCAGGUUAAUGCUUUGGAAGGAGAAUGUGUAAUGGGAAUAAACAAAUGAAAGAUUCCUAACAUUCCUAACUCUUUAAUUAUUAGAUGCAUACAUAUGUAUGUAUGUAUAGUGGCCUUGCAGGUUUUGCACAAUUAUGUAGCUUGUUUGACCAUCAGUGUAAUACACAGUGAAUAGUAACAGCUUUUAAGUCAGUGUCAGUGCACUUAAAUUAUUUAUGAAAUGCUUAUCAAUGUAACACCAAAAAUUAGCCAAGGGAAGAAAAACCCUUUUCUGCAAAACAGGGAGCACAAACCUGAACUGGCUUCAGCAUUGUGAAAACUGUGAACUUAAAAUGUGUUACACUACUGCUGGCUGAUGGUUUGAGCAGGGAGGUGAUAUGCUUAGAGCAUGUCAGCCCCUUCAUAUAUGAAUGUAUAUAGCUUUUUGUAUUAAAGCUACUCUCACUGAACUACUAAGAAAA